UCCUUUUUAUGGUUUCACCCACAUUGAUUUAUCUUCGUAUUCAUUUCAAACAAGCUAAACUGUUUAAUGUGGAGGGAUCACAGAGGUAAAUGAAAUGUCUGCGAAACCAACCUGUCUGAUAGUGGCGAGUGCUUCUCCACAAGGAGUGUCAGCGAAGUCUUUCCAUCAGUCCUUCAGUCUUUGUACUCCUGUGUUUAAUCUCCAGACAGCCACUCCCGGGGGGAAAACAAUAGACUUUACUGGAGUCGAUGAAAGCACUGCUAGAUGGGUGCAGGACUUCAACGUGAAACCCUACGCGACCCCAGCCAAACUUGAAUCUAUAGAUGGUGCCCGAUACCAGGCGCUGCUCAUCCCGGACUGCCCCGGAGCGCUGAAUGACCUGGCACACAGCGGCUCUCUGCACCGCAUUCUUACGCACUUCGUCUCUCAUAAAAAGCCUGUUUGUGCAGUGGGACAAGGAGUGUCGGCGCUGUGUUGUGCCACUGAGGGUCAGAGCUGGAUCUUCAGUGGCUACAGUUUAACAGGGCCGUCAGUGUUUGAACUGGUGCGGAGGCCUGACUUUGCCAACCUGCCCUUGGUCGUGGAAGACUUUGUGAAAGACAGUGGUGGGUCAUACACAGCAAGUCAAGAAGAUGCUGUGCACGUAGUCAUUGACAGACACCUAAUAACUGGUCAGAAUAUGCAGUCCACCUCACUCGCUGUAAAUAAUCUCAUCCUGCUCUGUGGUGCAAAGUAAAACAUAGAAAAUGUUGACAUCAGGAAGUUAAACAGCUUAGUUGUUCCACAUUUAUAUUCAUGUAAUUAAACAAACAUUCAUCUCAGACAAAUAUUGGAAGAUGCUGGGUCAGAACAGAUGCUUGGCAACACUGUAAAUACAACGUCAUUACUUGUCAAUGCUGUUAUCAUAAACAUAAUAAAAAUUCCACACAAUCAAA